UAUUAGCCAAUGAAAUGCAUCUAAUCAGUCUAUAGCAAGGAAAACUGCGUACCUGAGUUAGUCACCCUCGAUGCUUGGUAGGAUGUACUUCGUUGCAUAAAAUUGUUUAUUUAGACAAACAUAGGUUAUCUACACUUAACAUUCACACUAAAUUACCAAUAAAAUAUGUUAAUUUGGUGAAAAUUUCUACCCUAUUUUAAAUUCCAUUUUCAUGUUUGCACAUAUUCCACACCUGGCUGAAUGUACCAAUGUACCAUGGUUGAAAAGUUGCAAUGAAAAAGAAGAAACAAGGCAGUUAACCUAACAAAAGUAAUUAUAAAAUGAUGUUAAAUAGUGCUACUAAAGGGCUGGAUAAUGAUCAAACUAGCAAUAAAUAUAUUUGUAUAAAUUGUGGAUUUCAAGUAAAAGAACUAUACAAACAGUACAGCUCAAAUGUAUUAAAAUUAACAGUCUGUGAAAACUGCUAUUGUGAAGCUGAUAAAUACAUUGAGUUUGAUUUAGUUUUAGUAAUUAUUGAUCUUGUUUUACUUCAAAGGGAAAGCUAUCGACAUAUAAUUAACAACACCGAAUUUAAGGGACUGUGGAAGUUGGCUUUCCUUAUUCUCGCCAUGGAGGCUUAUGCUAAUUGGUCUUUAACACCUACACCAACAGCAGAAAUUACUAAUGAAUUUUACAUUGGUGAUUUCAAAUUUUAUAGAAUAUUAGCUGGUGUGACCGUAAAACAUGCCUGCUUCUCAAUAUCUACAUUUCUUCUGACAUACUUCCUAACAAAGUUCUAUAAAAGGAAGCAAUAUUCCCCAAUAAUUUUACUAAAAACUGUUACAUUGUCAUCUUUUGGGGUUUUCCUACUUUUACCGUCAGUUAUAUGGGACAAUGGUGUCCAUGAAUUCCAUUUUACAUUUGUGCUUUUUUAUACAACACUGUCACAAUUAUUUGCUUAUGAAGCAAUUUGCAACUUCUCCAAAUUAUGGUCAAUUUUAGUAAUCGUAAUAUCAACUUUUUGCAAAUUGUACUCUGGUGUAUUAUAUGAAAAUGUAGAACGCAAUAUAUUAGAACUAUUUCCACUUCCAUUUUAGAAAAAUGAUAUAAACCAAAUUGAACAUGAUAAGUAAUAUUUAAAUGUUAUUUGUUAUUAAAUUUGUUUUCUAAUAAAAAUUUAAAGUUUGAAA